GCUGUGUGUCCAUGAAGAGUGACGUGUCGAAAGAUGAACCUAUUGUCUUCAAACGUGGACAGAGGUGUGAUGAUCAAAGACGUCAGAAGCAGAGCUCAAAGGUUCCCAGUCAUCAGCCUGCCAAGCAGCAUCAACAAGACCUGAACUCCAUAUUUUUGCUACUUGAGGACAACAUAAUCAGUUUUGUGAAGAAAGAGCUGAAGAAGAUGCAGAAGGUUCUGAGUCCAAAUUACCCCGAAUGCUGUGAGAGUCAGGCUGAAGAUGAGGAGGUGUUGGAUGGUGAGGAUGAAGAGCAGAGGAGGAGCAGCAGAGAGGCAUUUCUGAAGAUCACACUGCACUUCCUGAGGAAAAUGAAGCAGGAGGAGCUGGCUGACUGUCUGCAGAGCAGAAGUUCAAAUGCUCUCUCAUGCCAGCGUAACCUCAAGUCUAACCUGCAAAAGAAGUUCCAGUGUGUGUUUGAGGGGAUUGCUAAAGCAGGAAACCCAACCUUUCUGAAUCAGAUCUACACAGAACUCUACAUCACUGAGGGAGGGACUGCAGAAGUCAAUGAUGAGCAUGAGAUCAGACAGAUUGAAACAGCAUCCUGGAAACCAGACAGACCAGAGACAACAGUCAGACAAGAAGACAUCUUUAAAGCCUCACCUAGAAGAGAUAAACCAAUCAGAACAGUGAUGACAAAGGGAGUAGCUGGCAUUGGGAAAACAGUCUUAACACAGAAGUUCACUCUGGACUGGGCUGAAGACAAAGCCAACCAGGACAUACAGUUCACAUUUCCAUUCACUUUCAGAGAGCUGAAUGUGCUGAAAGAGAAAAAGUACAGCUUGGUGGAACUUGUUCAUCACUUCUUUACUGAAACCAAAGAAGCAGGAAUCUGCAGAUUUGAAGAGUUCCAGGUUGUGUUCAUCUUUGAUGGUCUGGAUGAGUGUCGACUUCCUCUGGACUUCCAAAACAAUGAGGUCCUGACUGAUGUUACAAAGUCCACCUCAGUGGAUGUGCUGCUGACAAACCUCAUUGGGGGACACCUGCUUCCCUCUGCUCACCUCUGGAUAACCACACGACCUGCAGCAGCCAAUCAGAUUCCCCCUAAGUGUGUCAGCAUGGUGACAGAGGUCAGAGGGUUCACUGACCCACAGAAGGAGGAGUACUUCAGGAAGAGAUUCAGAGAUGAGGAGCAGGCCAACACAAUCAUCUCCCACAUCAAGAUAUCACGAAGCCUCCACAUCAUGUGUCACAUCCCAGUCUUCUGCUGGAUCACUGCUACAGUUCUGGACCAUUUGUUGAAAGAGGGAAGACAGCUGCCUAAGACCCUGACUGAGAUGUACAUCCACUUUCUGGUGGUUCAGUCCAAACUGAAGAAUGUCAAGUAUGAUGGAGGAGCUGAGACAGAUCCACACUGGAGUCCAGAGAGCAGGAAGAUGAUUGAGUCUCUGGGAAAACUGGCUUUUGAACAGCUGCAGAAAGGCAACCUGAUCUUCUAUGAAUCAGACCUGACAGAGUGUGGCAUUGAUAUCAGAGCAGCCUCAGUGUACUCAGGAGUGUUCACACAGGUCUUUAGAGAGGAGAAAGGGCUGUACCAGGACAAGGUGUUCUGCUUCAUCCAUCUGAGCGUUCAGGAGUUUCUGGCUGCUCUUCAUGUCCAUCUGACAUUCAUCAACUCUGGAGUCAAUCUGCUGGAAGAAACAAAGACAACCUCCAAGAAGUCUAAAGUUUUUAGAGACAAACCUAAACUAAAACAACUCCAUCGGACCUCUGUGGACAAGGCCUUACAGAGUCCAAAUGGACACCUGGACUUGUUCCUCCGCUUCCUCCUGGGUCUUUCAAUGCAGACCAAUCAGAAGCUCCUACAAGGUCUGUUGACACAAACAGGAAAAGACACAGGGACCAAUCAGAAAACAACCAAGUACAUUAAGAAGAAGAUCAGUGAGGAUCUGUCUCUAGAGAGGAGCAUCAGUCUGUUCCACUGUCUAAAUGAACUGAAUGAUCGUUCUUUAGUGGAGGAGAUCCAACAGUACCUGAGUUCAGGAAGUCUCUCCAAAGAUAAACUGUCUCCUGCUCAGUGGUCAGCUCUGGUCUUCAUCUUACUGUCAUCAGGAAAAGAUCUGGACCUGUUUGACCUGAAGAAAUACUCUGCUUCAGAGGAGGCUCUUCUGAGGAUGCUGCCAGUGGUCAAUGCCUCUAAUAAAGUUGUGCUGAGUGGUUGUAAUCUUUCCGGGAGAAGCUGUGCAGCUCUGUCCUCAGCUCUCAGCUCGCAAUCCUCCAGUCUGAGAGAGGUGGACCUGACUAAUAAUGACCUGCAGGAUUCAGGACUGCAACAUCUCUCUGAUGGACUAUUGAGUUCAUACUGUACACUGGAAUCUCUCAGGCUGGGUAUUUGUCAACUAUCAUGGAGAGGUUGUGCAGCUCUGUCCUCAGUUCUCAGCUCCCACUCCUCUAGUCUGAGAAAGCUGGAUUUGAGUAACAACAACUUGCAAGAUUCAGGAGUGAAGCAACUGUCUGCUGGACUGGAGAGUCCAGACUGUACACUGGAAACACUCAGUCUGUCAGGUUGUCUAAUCACAGAGGAAGGCUGUGUUUCUCUGGCCUCGGCUCUGAGUUCCAACCCCUCCCAUCUGAGAGAGCUGGACCUGAGCUACAAUCAUCCAGGAGGGUCAGGAGAGAGAAUGCUGUCUGCUGGACUGGAGGAUCCUCACUGGAGACUGGACACUCUCAGGGUGGAACCUGCUGGAAAACAGUGGUUAACACCUGGCCUGAGAAAAUAUGCCUGUGAACUCACACUGGACAUAAACACAGCAAACAGAGAUCUCAAACUGUCUGACAACAAUAGAAAGGUGGAGCUGGUGGGAGAGAAGGAGCAGCCAUAUCCGGGUCAUCCAGACAGAUUUGACUGCAGUCAGCUGCUGUGUACAAAUGGUCUGACUGGUCGCUGUUACUGGGAGGUCGAGUGGAGAGGAAUGGUUGAUAUAGCAGUGACUUACAGAGGAAUCACAAGGAAAGGAAACGGGGCUGACUGCAGGUUUGGAGGGAAUGAUCAGUCAUGGAGUCUGUUGUGCUCUGCUGAUGGUCAUUACUCUGUCUGUCACAGUGACAGAGUAACAUCCAUCUCCUCCUCCUCCUCCUCCUCCUCCUCUGUCUCUAACAGAGUAGCAGUGUAUGUGGACUGUCCUGCUGGCACUCUGUCCUUCUACAGAGUCUCCUCUGACACACUGAUCCACCUCCACACCUUCAACACCACAUUUACCCAACCUCUGUAUCCUGGGUUUGGGCUUAGGUCUGGGGUGGAGUCUUUGAUGUUGUCGCUGGACUCCUCAGUGUCUCUGUGUUCUCUGUAGGAGGGAAAGUCUCCCAAUAGAGAAACAGUGCUGACUAAAGUAGGCCUGUCUUCUAGAAAUUACAUUUAAAUAUACUAAUUUGCUAAAGCAAACACCUUUAGAGGGACAUUUAAUGCCACCUGGAAAUGUAAAUAAUGAGGAAAUCUAAAGUGAUGGUGAUCUAGUAGGUUGCAAAAUGUUCACAGAAAACACAUUUCAUUUAUUUUCUGCCCAAAUAUCCUUUUAAUACAAUAUCCACUUGCAGUAACUACAGCAUUAUUAAUUAUGUUCUAUUUAGACAGAAGUUGCAGGACUUGGUCAAAGUUAGAGAAAGAUCAUGGUCUUGGUUUAUUACAGAAAAAGUUAUUUAUAUACCAGAGUCAGACAGUGUUUGUUAGCCUGCAGAUACUUUGUGCUGCCUGCCAACGUUUGGAGAUAUUCACUGCUGCUGUUUGGUUGAUAUGACAGACUACUUUUUCUCCAGGCCAAUUUUUAUUCGGUCAUGAUACAAAAUACAUAUGAGCUGGUAGAUUUUUCUUCAUUUACUUUAAAAAAUAAUACACAUGUAGCAUCAAAGCAAU